GACUCGUCAGCCGUUAAAGGCCUGGUUUCUCUCUCCCUGUUUGAUGGCAGUGGCUGAUAUUCCUGGGCUGAUUCCCGGCGCUCAUCUGAACCGUGGGCUCGGCGUCUCUUUCCUCAGGCACAUCGAGCGCUGCCGGCUGCUGCUGUUCGUGUUGGACAUGUCUUCCGCGGAGCCCUGGGAGCAGCUCCAGCAGCUGUGCUUUGAGCUGGACCAGUACAAUCCUCAGCUGUCCCACAGACCUCGUGCCAUCGUGGCCAACAAGAUGGACCUGCCGGAGGCCAGGAGGAACCUGGAGGCUCUGAGGAGCCGCGUCCAUCAGAUGGUCAUCCCUGUGUCUGCGCUGACCGGACACAACACGGCACAGCUGAUCCUGCACCUCAGAGAGAUGUACGACAGCUACCCGCAAAACUCCUAGAUGAGGACGCAGCCGUUUCCACAGAUAGAGUUGAGCCCUUCCAUCUAUAACUACUGUUAUAGAAAUACACCGCUUACUGUAAGACCAGAACAUGCAGGUUAUUAUCAGACUGUUGUUUGGAUCACUUACACUGAACAUGUCCAGUUACUGUACAUCAUCAUGACAACAUAAAGCUGAAAAGCAGGGACUUUCUGCACUUCACACGUGAGAAGUCAUGUGAGUGAGAGCGAAGGCACAUUUCUGUAGUCAGCCAGUCGUUACUGCAGAGUAAACCCUGAUCUUCUGCACGUCUGGCUGCUUCAGUAAGUGUGCAAAAAAGAUACGAGUAUUUAAUGUUUCUUUUUAUUUAAUAAACUUUAUUGUAAUUAUAUUAUUGUAAGUAAAUCAUUACACAUUGUUCUGUUUAUAUAAUGGUUUGUAGUUUUCUAGUUUAAAAGCAAUAAAUUGAAUGAAGAGUU